UCUCGACAAUCGUAGCUCCACUUGUCAAAUAUUUUAUAAGCCCCCGAAAAUGGUGACCGUCACUUUCUGUUGCUAUUUCUUUAGCCUUCGGGCUGGAUGUAUUAUGAGCGGCCUUUGGCUGAUAACUUAUUACUGUGUACUGGCUUAUAUGAUGUAUUCUGAAAUUGUGGAUCCCAGAUAUGAGGAGGGAAAAUCUUGGGAUACUUGGGACGAGGAUGUUACCGCUGACUUGCAGGGAUUUUGGGUGCUUGGAAUUGCCUAUCUGGUGAUGGAUUUUGUUUCUAUAUUUUUGUUAUUUGGUGGAAUUAUGAAAUCCAUCACUCUCUUGAGUAUGUUUUUGGUGCUGCAGAUAGUUCCCAUGUCGGUGAAGGCCUUCUUUAUGCUGUGGGCCAUUGUCUCCGGCCUUGAACUUGAAUCUGCACUUACCUAUCUUUUACCAAUGAUUUUUCUUCUUUAUAUCGAUCUGGUUGCAUAUUCCUAUCUGCAAGCUGUUAGGUUUAAGAAGAAAAUAUUAUUUUCCUCUGCCAUUUCCAUUGAGUAUUAGUUUAACAGCAGACAAGAAAGAUAAGCUCGGUUGACUUUCCAGCAGAGAGACAUGUCAAGAAAUGAAAACAAAAAUGAUUUAUCAUAAUGGGAGUUGGGGCCGAAGAAGCUGGAUCCGAUUCAGAAUUGGGACCGAGAAUGUCAGGGGCAUUGGGAGUUGGGGCUUGGGGCCUGUGCUCCCAGCGGUGUUGCCUAAACGGGCGAUAACGGCCAAGACGAAGAUGGGACAGGAAUCAAGAGAACGGCCACGACCGAAAAGAUAUCGGGAUCGGUCUCGGAACGCUGCGUCUGGAUGUCAACUCUUCAUAUAAAAAUUAACGAAAUAUAAAUUAAAAAGUAUGCCCUACC